AUGGCAUCACGCAACAAAGCCGCACGCAGCGAGGUCGAGGACAUGCUUGCCGCCGCGAAGGCUCUCACACGCCCACCCACAUCUAAGCCGGCUACGGGCAAGACCCUGCGCUACGACCUCGCAGCCUUCCUCCGAGCCGGAAAAAUCGCCAUCAAGAAACGAGACGAGGUCGCGCGCGUCCUCGACGAGUCCACCUGGACACUGAAGUCCUCGCACCAAAUGUUCACAGACGAGGCCAACGAACUUAUGGGACAGAAGGGAUCGACGCUCGGCAAAGACUUUCUGAGAAUCGUAUCGGGGUGGCUAAAGCCCCACGUGACAGAACACUACGGAAACGACGAGAAGAGAUCCCUGGUGAUCACGGGGCUUUGGAAUAACAAAGUCGUGGGCGCCUUGCUGGCACACAGGAUGGAGCGAAGCGAAAUCGCGAAGCUCAACACAGAGGUGUUGGUCGGGGAAAUGAGGGAGGCAGCAAGGCUUAAGGGAGUUGAUGCCAGCACAGAUCAGCGCAUGGUGGAGACAGAAGUAAAGAACGUACCUACAGACAGGGCACCAGAGGCGACACCGGAGCAAUAUGAGUAUAGAUUGUUGAUGUGGGGAGUCCGAUGGGACAUCGCGGCCGAGAUGUCGAGGGCGGAAGAGAAGGCUUUGAGCGAACUUGCGCAUGAAGCGCCUUUUUGGAUGGUGCGCGUUAUGGGUGUAUUGCCCGAAUUCCACAGGAGAAACGUCGCACGGAAGAUGAUAGAGGAAGUGAAAGCCCAAGCAACAAAAGACAAGGUCCCUGUCUUCGUUAUCGCCGACUACGAGGCUGUUGGUUUUUACUCCAAGUGUGGUUUCAAGACGGCAGAGGGAUGA